AUGUCCGAUGAGUAUUUUGAUAAACUAUUUGACAAAGCUUUCGUUUACAUUCACGAUGAUGAAACCGUACAGAGCUGUACAUUUCGCGGACUGCAAUGGCUGGGAGAGGCUAAAAAUUUAGAAGAAAAGGGCUUAUAUGUUAAGUCUUAUGUGUUCUAUCUGAAAGCCAUCAAAUUGGCUUAUGAGAUUCCAUGCCGGUUCGAAAUCUCAGUUCAAGCCGGUGCUUAUUCAGAUUUCAAGCACUUUCAAAAGCAAACGCUUGCUCUCAUUCAGAAAAUAUUUAAAUUAAAAAAUAAAUUAGCAGUGAGGCAUUUUCUGCCUUGCAUGUCGAUCCAGUCAGCCAUGAAACUGACUAAAGAUAAAUCAAGUAAAGCCUUAUUUAUCAAUGUGUACUCUGAGGAAAGUUCCAAGGAUUAUUUCCUUUCUGAAGCUACCAUAAAUAUUCCCGUUUCACUGUUUCGUUCGACAUCCAUAACUGAAAUUGAUGAUUAUUUAAAAAAGGCCCCUUUUCUUCCAGAGGUUGCAGUUUGUUAUAGCUUAGAAAACCAUUUGGAUGACAUAGAUAUUGCUUAUCAUAUUUACUCUGUUCUGACGUCCCUGAAAUGGAAACCGCAGUUCCUUACUUCCAUGUCAAGCAAGAAGAUUGAUGAAAAUAAAAGCAUUCUCGAAUACUUACCCAUUGGUCUCACUAAUCUUGGAAAUACGUGUUAUAUGAACUGCGUCUUGCAAUGCCUUUUCGCAUGUGGGGAGCUAAUUUCCCCAAUGUGUCAUAAAUCGCAGGCUCUUGGAGCCAUUAAUACUGGUAAUCCAUUGGGAUCCGGUGGAAAAAUGACAUUAGCUUUCCUUUCUUUGGUAAACGAAGUUUUUCAAAGAAAGGGAAAACGAGUUGUUUCUCCAAAACGAUUUCUAGAUGCUGUUCAAUCCCUGAACAGAGAUUUUAGUAUUGACGACCAAUGCGAUGCUCAAGAAUUUCUGAACUAUUUGCUAGAUAAAAUACAUGAAGACUUAAACUCUAAUGCUUCUCGUGCUUCAAUGUCUCCUCUUUCUGAUGCGCAGCAAAGCGCCCGAGAAAAAUUACCUCUUUCUUAUCUUAAUUAUGUUGAAUGGAAUCUUCAUAUUCGACAUAAUCUAAGUAUAGUUGAGCAAAUUUUUUCAGGGCAACUUUGCAGUCGAAUACAAUGUACGGUUUGUCAACGAACGUCUACUACAUUCGCGCCUUUCACUUCUCUUGCUAUUCCGAUUCCAGAUGUACCCGGAUUCGUUAGCUUGCAUGAAUGUCUCCGCAGAUUCAUGGCUUAUGAAGUUUUAGAAGGACAUAAUGCUUGGUUUUGUCCUGCGUGUCAAAGACGAAGGCCAGCAAAAAAAAUAAUGAAUAUAUCCCAUCUUUCUGAUUACUUGAUAAUACAGAUACAAAGGUUUCGUAAUACGAUGAUAGGCUGGAAAAAAGUCGAUACUCCUCUACAACUGAACUUUCGAAUUCCCAGCAACAUGCUUAUUCCUCCUUGUUUCCAAUCAGGAAUGAAUUACGAUCAAUGUAGCUACGAUUUAUUUGCUUUUGUGAGUCAUUACGGCCAACUUGAAAACGGUCACUAUACAUCGUGCGUUUUAAGUGAAAAUCAGUGGUAUCGAAUUGACGAUUCCAUCGUUCAAAGAGUGGAUGGCUUUGCAGCGCUUCAGUAUGAUUUUUCUUCUUCAUAUAUAUUGUUUUACAAAAAGAAAGAAGGUGUGAGUGAAUUGGAAAAACGAAGCUGA